AUGUGGUCGCUGUCACUGGCAGCUACUGGAUUGUUCGCAACCUCAAGAUCACCAACGGACAAAAGGGAAUCAUGGACUGACAAGGCCAACUACUGCCUCUACGACCAUGUGGAAGUCUACAACAUUGGCCAGGAGUGUGUACACUUCCGCAAUGGCAGCUCCCACAACACCAUUCAGAACUCAUACAUUCACGACUGUGGAUUGGUCACUCCAGACUAUGGUGAGGGCGUCUACGUCGGAUCAGACAAGGGCAAGUGGGCCGAGUUGAUCAAGGAAGCCGACUAUAACACAAUCCGUAGUAAUGUCAUUGGACCUGGUGUGACUGCCGAGCACGUUGACAUCAAGGAGGGCUCAUCAUUCACCAUUGUCGAGCACAACAUAUUCAAUGGCACUGGCAUCACUGGCGCCAACUCUGGCGACAGCUUCAUCGAUGUUAAGGGCAACGAUUGUAUCAUCCGUUUCAACGUCGGCUACAGCAAUGAUAAUCCAAAGGUUGCCAACGCAUUCGAGGUACAUCAGCGUAUAGCUGGAUGGGGACUCAAUGCCAACUUUUAUGGAAACACUGCCUAUUUGACCAACGCCACACAAUACGUUGUGUUGACCGACUCCAAGGGCAAUGCCACCGCCUCAAACAACACUCGUAUACCAACUGGUAACCUAUAUUCUGGAAAUGUUGUCGACACUGAUCAAUCAACAUCCAAUCCAACAACCUCAUCAACUACCAAGCCUUCGACCACUUCAACAUCCACCACUUCCACCUCAACAACUUCAACCACCACCAAGCCAUCAACAACCUCCACCUCUACUACUACCAAGCCAUCGACUACUACUACUACUACAACAUCUGGCACUACAACCGGCACAACAUCCAAUAAUCCAACAACAUCAUCCACUACAACUACCACUUCAUCAGACACAAACACACCAACUACAACUUCAUCCACUACAACAACUAACCAUCCAAGCAAUGGUAUCACACUCCAAUCAACCAAUCUUCUUAUCCUCUCUUUAUUAUUUAUUUCAUACAUUCUUGCAUAA